AUGGCCACUGAAUUUUAUCAGCAAAAAAAUCCAUACUAUGUCCGCUACAGUGGCUACAUGAAGUAUCCCUAUAGUGAUUAUAAACAACCAUUUAUGAGUUACUAUUCAAAAUCUCUGGGUCCUAUUGGAGGAAUGGCUGAAGACCGUAACAACAGAGAUCGUUAUUCACAUUUCCGCGUAGAGUAUCCUGGAAUCAUGAAUCCAGUUGAAAACGGUGAUUUGGUACGAGGAUAUCAGCGAGCAUAUAGUGGUUGGAACUCACAGCCAAUACAAGCUGUAUUUAGAAAUGAUCCUCCAGUGGCACCCGACAAUUAUGACCUUCUGACUACUUUAUCGCCAUCACGAACAACGGUUGCUGAUUAUUCUAUCUCAAAUUCAAGAAUCUCUGUAGUUCCCGGAGUAGAAAACAUGGUUGAAAAUAUGAAUCGUCUUUCAGAAAUAGCUGGACAACCAGAGUCAGAUUCUGAACGAGAAACUGAGAAACAUUCAAAUACUGUGAAUGACCAGCGAGAUGAACGCAAGACCUCUUAA